UUCUUUGUUACAACAACCCAACCCCAUUAUUCAUACCCCAUUAUUCAUUCUUGGUACUUCCACAAUCUUCCCUUCUCCGUCACCACUUCUUCUAAUCAUUCAUUGGCAGAUACAGCCAUGAAUGCUCUUGCUGCCACCAGCCGUAACUUCCGCAACGCUGCGCGGAUUCUCGGGUUGGACUCUAAGGUUGAACGGAGUCUUUUGAUCCCUUUUAGAGAGAUCAAGGUGGAGUGUACCCUUCCCAAAGAUGAUGGAAGUCUCGUCACUUACGUUGGAUUUAGAGUCCAACAUGAUAAUGCACGUGGACCCAUGAAGGGAGGAAUCAGAUAUCAUCCUGAGGUUGAUCCUGAUGAAGUUAAUGCUCUGGCUCAACUAAUGACCUGGAAGACAGCCGUGGCGGACAUACCAUAUGGCGGAGCAAAGGGUGGGAUAGGAUGUAACCCAAAAGAGUUAAGUAAUAGUGAGCUGGAACGUCUAACUCGUGUCUUUACUCAGAAGAUCCAUGAUCUCAUAGGAACCCAUGCUGACAUACCAGCACCGGAUAUGGGCACAAAUGCUCAGACUAUGGCUUGGAUUUUGGAUGAGUACUCGAAAUUUCAUGGUCAUUCUCCAGCUGUUGUCACUGGAAAGCCCAUUGAUCUUGGUGGAUCAUUGGGUAGAGAGGCUGCAACUGGGCGUGGUGUUGUUUUUGCAACAGAAGCUUUACUUGCUGAACACGGGAAUGCAAUAAGGGAUAUGACUUUUGCAAUUCAGGGAUUUGGUAAUGUGGGUUCUUGGGCAGGAAGGCUCAUUCAUGAGAGAGGUGGUAAGAUCAUCGCAGUCAGUGACAUAACUGGUGCAGUUAAGAACGCAAAUGGAAUAGAUAUUCCUGAAUUGCUCAGGCAUAAAGAAAGUACCGGUAGUUUGAAGGAUUUUCACGGUGGAGAUCCCAUGGAUCCUAGUGAGCUUCUUGUCCAUGAAUGUGAUGUUCUCAUCCCUUGUGCUUUAGGUGGAGUUCUGAACAGGGAAAAUGCUGCUGAUGUAAAGGCCAAGUUCAUAAUAGAGGCAGCAAACCAUCCUACUGAUCCAGAAGCAGAUGAGAUACUAUCCAAGAGAGGAGUUGUAAUACUUCCUGACAUCUAUGCAAAUUCUGGAGGUGUAACAGUUAGCUAUUUUGAGUGGGUUCAGAAUAUUCAAGGUUUCAUGUGGGAAGAAGAUAAGGUGAACAAUGAGCUUCGGAGGUAUAUGAUUAAAGCUUUUCAUAACAUCAAGGGCAUGUGCCAGACACACAAUUGCAAUCUCCGAAUGGGUGCCUUUACACUUGGGGUGAAUCGAGUUGCACGUGCCACCCUAUUGAGGGGUUGGGAGGCAUAAAUGUUUUUCUACAAUUCUUUCUUUUCUCUUUGAUCUUUUGAGCUGUCUCCAGCCAUAGCAUAAGAAGGCAGCUUGGAAGCCAUUCUUACCUCCCGCCAAGUUUUAUUUAUUUGUCUUUCCAGAAUUUUUGAACUUUUAACAGAUGUAAGUCUAUUCUUUGGGGGGAUUGAAUUGUUAUAUGAAACAUUUGGCUCUUAGCAACAAUAUUUUUUUUAAAGAUUUUAUCAGUAUCA